AUGAUCACUGUUCCUUCUGAGGAAAGUCGUCUCAACAUUUCUGGUGCCGGUGGUCAGUCGCGCGACAACAGUAUGACUUCACACCAUGUGUCUUUCACGUCCGGCAGCGGUAGUGCUCAGCGUGGAGUGAAGAGAGCCAGAAUAGAAUGGGACGGCAAUGGUGAUGAGCUGGAUUUCCAUAGGCUUAGCCAGAGAAUGCAAAAGCACGUCGAUGGCCCUGUAGGAAUCGAAGAGAUUGAUCCUAACGGUCAAUGGGUACGUAUCAGCAAUAAUACCGAUGAAGAAGUCAGCAUUGCCCACUGGAAGUUGCUUGUCCGUGCUGGUGGAAAGGAAGUCACCUAUCAGUUCAACACACGCAUGAAGUUGGACCCUCAUGGUCACGCCACUGUCUACUCCGCGGAUUCUGGAGAAAAGCACCGCCCGCCAACCGAUUUCGUUAUGAAGAAGCAGAAUUGGCCGAUGGGUGACAAUCCGUCUGUGCGCCUUGAGGAUCAUGAAGGAGAUCUCCGGUCAUCGGUAACGUUCGAGUCUGAUGAAUCGACCGACCCGUCCGAUCCAGCGGAGCGAUGCUCGAUUAUGUAA